GCAAGAUCAAGAGGCUGACCUCUUCACGAAGGAAAAGGCAGGAACGUCUUCUAGUGCGUCUUCUACCUUUGUUUCUUCAAUUAAGGCUCUUACCGCUGACGCAUCCUCAACCCAGAUCCAGCUAGGUUUCUUUUUCAAGGGGAAAAAAGGCCUACAACCCUAGGGAAGAUGGAUAUUUAUAUAUAAGGAUACAUUUUUGACGUGGUCGCUCUAAUUCAGAAGCUGCAUCAAAAAACAUAAACAACAUAAAGUCUUCUUCGCUUGUUCCAGUUUUCGUGUAUUUCACGGGCUCAUGCUUCGCAGAUGGUGCGCAAACCGAGGGCACAGACUUGGUGAAGAAUUUUCUCAAGAUUGGCGAGAAGGUGAUCUUUGUGUCCCUACAAUUUCGUGCUGGUACUUUGGGGCAUGCUGGAAGUGAAGGACUCAAGAACGUGCAAGUGGUAUGAAGCCAAAAUCUUUUAUCAUUGUUCAUCUAGAUCUACUGAAGAAACUGAAAAUAAGUUUAUAAGAGUAGUUGUGAUAAGAUAAUGAUAAUGGAUAUACCUAUUCAUAAGAACGUGCAACAAGUGGGACGAGAGGACAAAUCGGAGCUGCAGGUGCCAGUAUGUCUUCAACUUCUUCAACCUCAUCAAGCAUUAAGGGUUGGUGAAGCUGAUAUCUCUACGCGCAUCUCUAUGGCUUCUUCAAGUAGGAAAGCCAUAGAUAUGCGAGCUAGAGACGCCAACUCUCAACCUCUAAAAGAAGUGGCGCGGAGGUUAAGGCUCAGCUUUUAUUGGUCACCUGAUCGAGGUUAGCCACUGAGAUCGGAGAGGGGCUCCCGUGAGAGAACCGGUUACAACGAAGGGAAAGCAAAGUAUGAAACGAACAAAAUCUGUUAUCAUUAUCAAGUUUCUUAAGUAGAAAAGUACGAUAAUGAUAACAGAUUUUGGCUUCAUACAAAGGGAGAGGCAUACUAGGGCCCUUUUCUUUCAGAAUCAGUGACCACUGACUGCUGAGCUUUAACUUGAGCAGUCCUUUUGCGAACUUCUCCCUUCUCGAUUCCCGUUUAGCUCUCCAGUGGAUUCAGAAACACAUCCAUCACUUCGGAGGCGAUAGGAACAAAGUUGUCUUAUUUUAAGGCUGCUUUUUAAAGCUACCUUGUCCUUCUUAAAGCUUCCUCGUCUCUUCUUAUAAAGCUAUCAUCUCGUCUCCCUUAAGGAUUUCUGAAACCAUCGCUAACCCUAUAAAUACUAAUAUCUCGUCUCUUCUCUUAAAAGUCUCGCUAUUAUAAUCGUUGUCCUUUCUUAAAGCUACCUCGUCUAAGUCGAGGAAUCCAUUUCUUCUAUACUGGAUUCCCUCAUCUAAAUCUAUACUUUUUACUGGGAAGAUCGAUUCCCUCAACUACGUCACCCGUAAAUCAAUCUAUCUUAAUGUAAUUGCGAGGGAGGAGUAUACUUAGAAUAGAUAUAUUCAUCAUACCCUCGAAGACGCUCGAACAGUACUGAACUGAAUACUGAAUUAGAAGUAGAUGGGGCAGCGCUAAGGAUUCGGGCAAUCGAGUGGUGCUUGUAUGGCGACCGCGCAUUUCGUCAGUCCUCCUUCCUUUGGCCUUUUUUCCAGUGUUAUAGCGUCUUCGGGUGGCUUCAAUGGCUGGUGCACCGCACCUCUUGAGGAGGUUGGAGAGAAACAAUUUCGGGAUCUCUACGAAAAGGCGGUGGAAUUGCAUCAAGAAGAACAGGAAACAAGAUUAAGGGUAUAUGAAUAUUAACGUACUCGCUUGACAUUGACUUUCCUUCUUUAUUCGGUUUUUGUUUUUUCUAGUUAGGUCUGCUCCACCAACAGUAACAAUAUUAACGUCGUCAUCAACUACCCACUGACUAGGUGCUGGUAUACUAGCCAGGAGUCGUGAUAGACUUCAUGAAAUGGACAAAAUUGAGUUUAAGAUUAUAUAUAAGUAGAUUAUUUAAGCAGGGUAGUACUUUAAGAUUAUAAGUAGAUUAAGGGUACUUACUCUUACUCCUAAGUGUCUCAAAGUAAUCGUCAUCAACUAUCCACCUUUCUCUUUUGGAACAUCUUCUAUCUUUUGGAACAGCUAUCGGACAGUCUAAAAGACGUAGUUUUUCUAAACCUAAGAGAUCAUCAUGUUGGGUCUUUCUUUAUUUUGUCAUGGGUCUUUCUUUUUGUAUUUGUUCCCUCUAGCUCUAAGUCUAUUGCGUCGUAGCCAGAGACGAUCAGUAUCGCCCAUUAAGGCCGCUCGAAGAAAUCCGUCUUAGCUAGCAUCUUGGGCCCGCGUUUGCUCGAGGGGAAACGGGCACCAGGUUGCUCGACAACAUGGAUUUCUGCAGCAUCUAAACCGAGAAGAGAUCUUCCUAGUGUGGCUUCAGCCACGUCUACGACCCAGCAAACGACAACAACGUCUAGCACGAAGAAAGCUUCUACUACUCCCUAUUGUCUCCAUCCCGACAGAAAAUUUGAUCGAAAACAGCAACGUGAAUGCAUGGCUACUUGGAUUCUCACAGGGAAGGCUCCUGAAACCCAUAACAAUGGUGACAGAGAACAUGUCCAAGAAGAUGUAGGACAACUACAUGUCCAAGAAGAUGUAGGACAACUACAUGUCCAAGAAGAUGUAGCCCUCAGCGUCGUAGAUGUUGAACAUCAAACACGAAGUCCAAGUCGUGA